AUGGACACAGAGUCCACCCAUUCUGGAUAUUCCCACCACUCUAGCCGAUCACGGGGAUCCAACAGACACAGCGACAGGAGUCGGGACAGACAUAAACCACGGAGUCGGGAUGGAAGCAGCCGCUCAGACCGGAAUGUGACCAUCACAAGCCCAGCUCCAGAGAACACUCUACUGGGAGAACAGAACCCCACACCUGCUGACCCCCAGGAUGAUAACUGGGGUGAAACCACCACUGCCGUCACAGGGACGUCAGACCACAGCCUGUCCCAGGAGGACCUGGUGGACUUCAGUAAGGAGGAGACGGAGGGCUCUGUUGGGAAGCUGGGAUGCCAGCGUUUCAUUCCCCUGGCUCUGACUCUAAUCUUGGGUCUGCUGGUCCUAGUCACCCCCUUGGCUUUCCUGGUUCUCCCUCAGCUGCUGUGGCCCGAGCAGCUGCAGGCCUGCGGCACGGCGUGCGAAGGCCUCUUCCUCUCGCUGGCCUUUAAGCUCCUCAUCCUCCUGCUGGCAGGGUGGGCGCUGUUUUUACGCCCCACACGGGCGGCCCUGCCCAGGCUGGUGGUCUUCAGAGCUCUGCUGGGCCUUUUAACUCUGUUACUGCUCCUCUCCUACUGGCUCUUUUAUGGAGUUCGCAUCCUGGACUCACAGGAUGAGAAUUACCAGGGCAUUGUGCAGUUUGCCGUGUCGCUGGUGGACUCUCUCCUCUUCAUUCAUUACCUGGCAGUGGUGCUGCUGGAGUUACGACAGCUGCAGGCCUCUUUCUCUCUCUGCGUCACUCGCUCCACAGACGGAGAGAUCCGACACUACAACCUGGGACAGCUGAGCAUUCAGAGGGCAGCUCUGGUCAUAUUGGAGCACUACUAUAAGGACUUCCCUGUACACAACCCCGCUCUGCUGACUGCUGCUAAGACCAGGGCAGCCAAGCACCUGGCCGGACUAAAAGUCUACAACGUAGAUGGUCCUGGCAGCGAGACCGUGGCAGGUCAGUCUAGAGCCAAAAUGGCCGCCGCCGCUCGCCACAGAGACACCACUCACAAUGAGCUGUACUACGAGGAAGCAGAUUACGACAGAAGAGUCCGGAAAAGAAAAGCAAGGCUUGUGGUGGCAGUAGAGGAGGCGUUCACUCACGUGCGCCGACUGCAGGAGGAGGAGAAGAAGAAACCCCCGGGAGAGGUGAUGGAUCCCCGUGAGGCAGCCCAGGCCAUCUUUCCCUCCAUGGCCCGCGCGCUGCAGAAAUACCUCCGCACCACUAGGCAGCAGCACUUCCACAGCAUGGACAGUAUUCAGUCUCAUCUCACCUUCUGCAUCACCAACAAUAUGACGCCCAAGGCGUUUCUGGAGAAGUACCUGACUGCCGGGCCCACGCUUCAGUACAGCCGUGACAGCUGGCAGGCCAGACAGUGGACUCUGGUCAGCGAAGCCUCGGUCACCAGCGGACUACGGGACGGCACGAUCUUCGUUCUAAAGUCUGCGGACUUCAGUCUGGUGGUGACAGCCAAGGCCAUUCCGCACAUUAAACUGUCGGAGGAAUUCAUCCACCCCAAAUCUCACAAGUUUGUUCUCCGCCUGCAGUCGGAGACAUCCGUUUAA